AUGUCGACCAUCACUCGCGCCUUCACCAAGCGCAAUAAGCGUCCGGAAGUGUCGGCCCCGAUGCCAUACCGUGGCGAAGGGCAUGUUCGAUUUAAUUCUGGCACCAUCAAGCGAGGCAAUAUUUCAGGCCCGGUCCAGCUGCUGUCUACGACCAACAUGUUGGUUUACAACGCUCCCGAUCUGAACUCGCCCAACGCCUCGUCCGCUUCAUCACUGCAGUCACGAGACGACGAGUUUGCCUUUUCCCCUCAGAGCUACGCUUCGUCCGGUUUUACGACUCCCGACCACUCGCCCUGCGAGUCUUUUCCCAUCGAGGCGCAUCCAUCCUAUUUCCCCAAGCGAUCUGUCACCGUGACCAGCCACCCUCGCUCUUCUACAAAUUCCUCCUCUUCUACCGACGCCCCAAUGAUUCCCAAGCGAGCUCUCUCUCACACCAAGCGCUCCCACCAGGAACUUGCCCGCAAGCGCUCCCAGCGAAUGUCGCCCCCUCCGCUGAAUUCUCCACGUAGCAACCCGGCAAUCCGGGACACGCAGGAGAUUUUCAGGCCGGAUGCGCACCCGUUCAGCAAGGAAUUGGAGCAGGUAAACGAGGUGGCCGAGGAAUUUGGCAGCCUGCACGUGAAUGAUGACGAACGAAUCCUUCAUCGCAAGGGACUUAGGAAGUUCGCUGUCGACGAUUACAUUCUCGAAAUCGAGGCGCUGUACGAAAGUAUCUUUGAUGAUGACCUUGGCCCCAUCAGCGUGGGACCCUGGCUGUGA